UGACCGGAAUAGCCGUUGUCUUUCACCACCAUCCACAGUUGACUGGCCAAGUUUUUCAGUUAUGGGUGUGGAAGUAGAAGUUGUUUCGCCGGGUGAUGGGCAGACAUAUCCCAAAUACGGGCAGACUGUUGUUGUUCAUUAUACGGGUACUUUACAGAAUGGUAUGAAGUUCGAUUCAUCCAGAGACAGAGGAGUACCAUUCAAAUUUCGUAUAGGAAAGGGGGAAGUCAUAAAAGGAUGGGAUGUAGGGGUUUGCCAGAUGUGUGUUGGUCAGCGCGCUCGCCUUGUGUGUACGUCUGAUUUUGCAUACGGACCUCGUGGACAUCCUGGAAUUAUUCCACCUGAUGAAUGUGUGAUCCAUAACAGGAAUGGUUAUUCAGGAAAUUAA